AAAAAACAAAAAAACUGUUUCAUUUUCUUCAUUUGCAUGGCCUUUCCGACCAAAGGGGAAAAGUGUGAAGUCCAAACUCCAAACUCCAAUGUAUAGAACCUUCAAGUCCGAACUUCGAAUCCCGAAACCGAAGCUCUCACACCAGAGAUUAAGAAUGAUGCAUCUUCAGUGUUGAUAAAUUAGGAGACGACGUUUCCCUUUCUUGGAUUCUGUUGAUUGUUUUCAUUUUUGGGUUCCUUUGUGUUUUCCAUCAUGUGUUGGGUUUGAUCCCUGCUCACUUUUGAACCAUCAGAGACGUCUCUCUGAACCAUUCUUGUCUAGACUUUCAGGUUUGUCAUUCCCUUUAGAGCGAAUUGUGUAAUAUGUUUGUAACUUUGUUCUUUGGAAAAAGGGCCAACCUUUCUGGUAUGAGCUUAUGCAUGCAUUGUGUGAUUAAGUCUCUGAAUGGAGAUGGGUUCUAUUAAUUUUGAAGAUGGUUGAAAAGCGUGGAGCAAUGAAUGUACUUGGGUUCUCAGUAACAGUAACAGCCUCUUGCAGGUGGAUACUAGUUAAUGGGACUUUUGGUUGGGGAAAUUGGAUUGGAAAUCAGUGAACCUAACGCCAGAAGGCACUGGAUGCUUAAGGCAUAAGGUGUACCACUUACAAGUGAUUGUAUGUAGCAUCCAUUUUACCGACUGAUUGAAACUGUAACCCAACAUACUUGGUGCAAGAGCUAAAGACACUGGAUUUUGAAGUCGAAGGAACCACAGUCAGAGCUUGUUAAGGAGAUAUGCUUGAUAUCUUGAUACAUUGUGAGUGAUGGAUGGAAACAUGCUGGAAGCUUUUCGAGAAAAGGAGAUUGCUGAAAUGAUGAUGGUCAGCAACAACUACAGUGGUGCCAGGGACAAGUUACUCAAGGCAAAAGAUCUUUUUCCAUCUCUUGAUAACAUCGCUGGAAUGUUAACUGUUUGUGACAUACUAUGCGCUGCCAAUGUUGGGCUCUCUGGCUAUUCAACAGACUGGUACUGGAUUCUUCAGCUCAAACCAGGGGCAGACGAAUCUACAAUAGAGUCUCAGUAUUGCAAGCUCAUUAACCUAUUGGAACCCAUCAAGAAUGAGUUCCCUGGCACUGUAGCUUCCCUGAAACUCAUCAAGAAAGCAUUCUCUGUUCUCUCUGACCGAGAGAAGCGGGCAGAGUUUGAUAUGAAGAGACUCGGGGAUUGCUGGGCUUAUGGGUCAGAUUUGCAGGAGCAACCUGACAUGGAAGUUGUAAAAGGAAAAAGGGAAGCUAUUUCACAGAGUUCUUCUGGGUGGAUGAAGAUUAGCAGUGAUACUUUUGGUGUAACUAAUGAGUUGAGCUUUCCCAGAAAGCAUCAUAAAGUGAUAACAUCUAAGGGUGUUACUGAGAGUGGGGUCCAGAAUGCUCUAAUAGAUACAGGGAAGGAGGCGGUAAAUAAUAUUAAAACAGAAGCUACUUCACAGAGUUCUUCUGGGUGGAUGAAGAUUAGCAGUGAUACAUUUGAUGUAACUAAUGAGUUGAGCUGUCCCAGAAAGCAUCAUAAAGUGAUAACAUCUAAGGAUGUUACUGAGAGUGGGGUCCAGAAUGCUCUAAUAGGUACAGGGAAGGAGCCCAUAAAAAAUAUUAGCAUUUUUGGUGCGCCUAAAAGUAAAAUUUCUGCACCAGAGACAGAUUCAAAUGGAGGAGCAGGGUCUCGCAGUUCACAAAGAAAUCCAUCACGGUCACUUUGUAAAAUGCCCGACUCAGAUUACUACAACUUCAACAAUAAUAGGAAGGCUGAGGCCUUUUCAGUGGGCCAGGUUUGGGCUGCUUAUGAUCAAGAGAACAUGCCUCGUCGCUACCAUCGGAUCUGUGGCUUUAUCAUGAAACCAUUUCAAUUACGCUUCACAUGCUUGAAACCUAUACCUGGUUGUGCUGAUGAGAAAAAGUGGUGUGCAGUUGGAUUGCCUGUUGCUUGUGGGGCCUUCGAACUUGAUAUGGGUGCAGUGAUGGUGGGGGGAGCAUCAAAAUUUUCCCAUGUGGUCUCUCAGGUUGCAACUGUUACAGAGCAGCCAGUUGAAAUUUAUCCCAGAAAAGGUGAGGUUUGGGCAAUUUAUAGAGACUGGGAACCAUUUGAAUGGUGUAAGGAUCCCAAGACUAGAAAAGGAUACAGAUUGCAGAUUGUUGAAAUAGUCGCAAGUUUUUCAAAGCAAGCAGGUGUGAGGGUUGUAUGCUUGGAGAAGGUAGAUGGAUUCAGGAACAUUUUUCAAAGACACCAAGACAAUGGGAGUAAAUCCUGUUUCCAGAUUCCUGGAACCCAUUCAUAUACUUUUUCUCAUAUUGUCCCUGCCUUCAGAUUUGCAGGUGGAGAGAUGAAUGGAAUUUCUGCAGGGAUGUUUGAGCUGGACCCCUUGGCUGUUCCUGCAGAAUUGGUUCAAGGGAUGGCCAAACCAUUGGGGAAAGAGAAUUCUAGUGACUGUUCAACCUUCACCCAUUCUCCUUCGACCCCUACUGCCAUUAUGUCAGAGCCAGAGGGUGAGGCUUUGAAGUCUAAAUGGACAGCGAAGGAUUUUGUCUCAGAUAAAAUAUGGGCCAUAUAUGAUGGUCCUGAUUCCAUGCCUCGACAAUAUGUGAGAAUAAAGAAUUUGAUUUCCAGGAAUGAAGUUUGUGUGACGCUCUUGAAGCCUUACCCCAUACUUGGCGAUGAGGUCCAGUGGGUCAAAGAAAGUUUACCAUUUGUUUGUGGAUUAUUUCAAACUGAUAGAGUCACUUGCAACUUCCAACUGUCUAGAUUCUCUCAUCUAGUGAAGUGUGAGCGAAGCAAGGAUAAGUCCUUUUACAAGGUUUACCCUAAGAAAGGUGAAAUUUGGGCCAUGUAUAGGAACUGGAACAGCAAAUGGACGAGAUCUAAUUAUAAUGGUUGCUGUUGUAGGAUUGUCGAAGUCCUUUCAGAUUUCUCAGAGGAGUCUGGGCUGAGAGUAGCCAGCUUAGUUGAAGUGACAGGUUUCCUGACUUUCUUUCAAAGGCAAUUAGAUGAUGGUUAUGAGCUUUUGCGGACGGUUUCCACAAGGGAAAUGCUUAGUUUCUCACACCAGAUACCAGCUUUCAUUGUUGCAGGUAGUGAAACCCAUGACCUCCCAAAAGGUUGUUUGCACCUGGAACCUGAUGCAUUACCUUCUAAACUAAGCAACUAGGUCUUAUCAUCCAACCAUGAGUGAUGAUGCUUCUUGUAAAUAAGAAGAAUGAAGUAUAUCAUUCAUUGUAAAGAAAAAAUUGCAUAUUUUGUAUACUGUUUGGUUCUGAUAUUUACCACUACUCCUUUCCCCUC